AUGAAACGGACUCCUCGUGAUGGUCCACCUGAGCGUCAAUCUCCUGACUUUGCUGCUGGUAACUGUGAUAGGGAGCCACGGGGUGAAAGUAAGGAAGACCAGCAACGGGAAACAGCCCGUCAGACUGCUGACAACGAGCUGCAAAGAGCUCUGGCUGCUGCAGGGUCUGCUUCCUCGUCGGUGAAUUCGUUGAACAAUGUUAGUGCAGGUACGCAGCAGCAGCAAGCGGGGACAUCGCUAUCCGAGUUUCACAACCUCUUGAACCCGCUUCGACAAAUGCAGCAACCUCAGAGCCCGCCAAGCUUGGAUCUUGCAGGCCAGUUUGUCAGCCAAUUUGCCAGCCAGCAUGCAUCUGAACGCCUUCGCCUUGGUCGCAACCUCCAGCUCCAUCAGUUGCUUGCACAACGGGGCGGUCUGGGCCAUGGAGGAUCAACUAGUCAUCUCAAUUUCAAUCUUAAUGCCAACUCCUUGAACAACAUGAAUCCAUAUGCUGCAGCGGCGGCACUUUCAAGACAGGAUGCCACCAUCCAACGCCUUUUGACUGGUUCAUCAGCUGCUGUAACCAGCUCUUUGCUCCCAUCUUCUAACCAUUUACCCCACCAGGUACUCUCAAACGAACAGCACCGGAUAAGGCAGCUCCAAGCAGCAGCGGCAGCCUCGGCCUCUGGAGGCAACAUGCAAGCCACUUCCAACACUGCAGCUUCCGCUGUUUUGCUCUCUGGUGCUCGAGCCGCAGCUCCUGGCUUGAAUGCUGCAGAGUUCUUGAGGUGGUCCCAGAUGAGAUCGGCGACAGGACGGUCCUCUAUGGCUUCCAGCGUUCACCCUCAAGGCUCAGGUACUGCAGACGAUAGGCUUCGUGAAAUGCUUCUCCCUCCCAGUCGCCCUUCCAGUGGCGCCAGCUUGUCGUCGUCGAAUGCCACCAGUCUGGCACUCCCCUUGCAACGACAGUCUAUGCUGAACGCAAGAGAUUCUGGUAUCCCGUCACUGGCCGCUCCCGGUGUUCCUGAAGAUAUGCCUCAGCUGAGGCUCGGGUCAUUGUCGGAUACCCGCGGCAGCAGUGCCAAUGAAGAGGGCAAGUCACCCGCAGAGCAAGAGGAAAGCGCAGCCGUCAGGGCCUUUGGAGUUGCAGCUGCCAGCCCUGAUCUGUCCUCGUCAUCCUCCUCUAAAGGUAGUGCUGCUUCCAACCGCAAGAGAAAAGCUGUGGCUUCUUCUUCUCCUCCUUCCCAACCCCCAAGACGUCGAAGACGACGAACCCGAGAUCCAGUGGUGGUAGAAGGCGUCCCCCACCAUACAGAACGGGAAUAUGUUUCCCUCGGAGUUGGCGAAGACCCAAAUUGGUUGUCCGAGUUUCAAUGUUUUGUUCGCGAUGAACUGAUGGAAGUCAUCCAAGCAAGUCAGUCUGAUGUCUUGGUGCGAAGCACCUCCAAGAGCAUACUUCCCAAUCAGGUUGGAGUAAGGUGCCGAUUUUGUGCACAUCUCGCUCCGGGAUCCAGGGUCUGUCGGUCUUCUGCCUUCCCCUCAAGCUUGGACAAGCUCUACCAAUCCUUUUCGAUGAUGGUUCGCGACCAUUUCAUCAAGUGCCCUGCUGUGCCUUCUGACAAGGCAUUGGCCUUCCAAUCCCUCAAGCAGAAGAAUGCUCAAGGGGCCACUGAUUCCAAGCAGUACUGGGUCUAUGCUGCCAAAAAGCUCGGGAUGGUCGAUGCCAAGAGUGGGAUUGAACGAAACGAAGAGUCCAUCGAAAGAGCUGCGCAAAUGCCGCCUUAUGGCACUACGGUUGGACCGGGCGGGGUAGAGGAAGAAAAGGACGACGACGAAGAAGAGGCGCCGUUGGCCGGUCCAGAUGACCAGAGUCGGCUCACACCGUUCCUUUACGAUUUACUACGGCAACUAAAACUUGUCCAUCUCUUGCCGUCGGAACGAGUGGGGAAGCGCAAGGGUCUUCCGGUGGGGCUGGAAGGUCUCGGUUGUCAGUACUGUUCCCGGGAAGGCCGGUUGGGCUUUAGUCGCUGCUUUCCGCUUCGAAGACGCGCUUUGCCGUCUCAUGUGUUGGAUCUCUACAGGCAUUGUUUGCGCUGCCCUCUUUUCCCAGAAGAACCCAAGGAACAGUUGAAACUGUCUUUCCAGCGGGAACUGGAUAGCAACGGUGGGGAGCCGUCUCCCGCAGUGGACUCGUAUUCCAUUAUCUGGACGAAACUGGGGCGCCAACGAGAUCUUACAACAUCUUAG